AUGCGACAUAGCCAAUGCCCAAGAAUCUAUCAUCUACCAUGACUUCAUUCCUCGGCUUACCCGUACCAUUACCUGCUUCGUCGACCUCCGAGAAGACGAAAGGGAAGGAGCGGCAAAAGAGGUGUAUCGUUAUCUCAUCUUUCUACCAAACAUCCUUGGCUUCGGAGCUCUGUUUCCACUUGUCCCAUAUAUAUCAUUCCAGGCUCAUUUGGAUCGGUAUUGGCUUGGAUGAAUGUUUUCGGCUCGUGCACGGUAUUCCCAUUCAUGCUCGCUACGACCGGUUCCUUGUGAACGUCAACCCGCGUCACUGUCAACGCUGUGCUGGGAGGACACGAAUGAACGUAUACAUUUCCGUGGUGCUUCACCACUCUAAGGUGUUCAACCUUACGCUGGUCCAAUUGCGUGGAGCUGGUGUCCCCGAAUACUUCUUUAGUACUAUGGUAUACUCUGGCUCGUAUCAUGAGUCGGUAUGUCAUGGUGUCCGACACUUCCGCCACACCGUAUACAUACAUGAGAAGCAGCUUGGGUCCUGGGAUUCAAGAAAUAUCAACCAGCCGGCAGAUCUCAUCGACCGAUGGAGAUUUAAACGUACACAAGCGUCUUUACCUGCACGGUUCUCUAAAACUAAGGAUCGUGAGGCGUUGAGGUCGACCUUCCUUGACACUAGCGAAUUGAACAAAGAUAUAUAUGAUAUAUUAUGUAUAAUCCCUAGGAAGGGUUGAAAUGCAUGGAAAUGUCCGAAAUAAUUCCAUAUGAAGCGGCGGGAGAGGGAGAAUUUGGUCCAAAGGACUUGAUAAGGUUCAGGUGGCUGUGCUUAUCUAACGACGAAGAGGACGAUUUCUCGAGUCUCGACGACGGGUGGGGCGAUAAGAGAAAAAAUGGCGGCGAUGCGCAUGCAUUUGGACUAGCUACGAGGACGUGCGGUAAAAGAAGAGAAACUUGAUGAAAAGUUUCAUCUGAGCGAAGAUCAUAAUUUCCCCACCCCGAA